AUGGCGGCGCAACAGCACGAUGCCGGGCCACCCGCGAACGGUGCGCCGACGCAGCCGCCCUCCAAAUCGGAAACCGCUACGCCAAAGUUGAACAAUGAGGUGGAGCUCGGCAACAUGGUUGGAGAGUCUGCGCAGAACGACAUCAUGCAGAUGGCAAGGGUUGGGGACAUUGCCGGCAUGGAGAAGCUGUUCGAGACGAGCGAGUACGAUGCAACCUACACAGACGACGAGGGCAUCACCCCGUUACAUUGGGCCGCCAUCAACAACCAGUACGCCAUGUGCAAGUUUCUGAUCGAGCGCGGCGCCCCGAUCAACAAGAAGGGCGGAGAGAGCGUGGCGACGCCGCUGCAAUGGGCCGCCCAGCGCUGCCACUACUACACCGUACAUCUGCUCCUCCAACACGGCGCCGAUCCCCUGAUCACCGACGCCCAGGGCUACAACACGCUCCAUAUCAGCACCUUUAACGGAAACCUCCUCCUGAUUAUCUUGCUGCUCCACCAGGGCAUCCCAGUCGACGUCGAAGACGCCUACGGCCACACCGGUCUGAUGUGGUCCGCCUACAAAGGGUAUCCAGCCUGUGUGGAUGUCUUUCUACGAUGGGGAGCCAGCGUUCACGCGAAGGACGAGCAAGGGUUUACAGCACUGCAUUGGGCGCUGGUCAAGGGAAGCUCGGGCUGCAUACAGAAGAUCAUCGAAUACGGCGCAGACCGGUUCGCCAAGACGACGACGGGCAAGACGCCGUCGAUCACUGCAAGGGAGCUCAACACGGCGGCGGCGUGGCACAAGGCGCUGUACGAGUGCGGCUACGACGAGGAAGGAAACCCUGUCGUCCCGAGCUGGCCGGGGGCGAGCUACCUGCUAAAGGACAGGAGGGGAUUCACGACCAAGUUCUUCUUCUUGUGGCCGUUCGUGCUGGUGUGGGCGACGAUAACCCUCUUUGCGCGCAUGCCCGUGUAUGCGGGCAUUCCGUUUGGGCUGCUGGCUGCGUACACGGCGCAGUGGGUGGGUAAGCAGCUCCUUACCUAUGCGCCGCCAGACAUGAGGCAGUUUGAGAAGACGCCUUGGAUGGCGGGCAUCUUCGCCGCAUCGCUAUCUUUGGUGGGUCUAAAUUGGCUUUUCACGGUCUUCCCAGGCACUGCGUUUGGCGAUGAUGGGACGUGGUUGUGGAAUUUUCUGUUCGCCGUCUUCUUUGCCCUUACCGCCUUCUUCUACACCAGAUGCAUGGUCGACGACCCAGGCUUCGUGCCAAAGCUCAACGGCAUUGCCGAGCAGAAGGCAGUGAUCGACGGGCUGAUCAGCCUGUGGAAAUACGACGAAGCGCACUUCUGCGUGACGUGCAUGAUUCGGACGCCCCUACGAAGCAAGCACUGCCGUAGGUGUCAGCGCUGCGUGGCCAAGCAUGACCAUCACUGCCCCUGGGUCUACAAUUGCAUCGGCGUCAACAACCACCGCCACUUCUUCAUCUACCUCAUCAGCCUCACCCUCGGCGUCCUCGUCUACGAUAUGCUUACCUAUCGCUAUUUCUCCACCGUAACACCCAUCGCCCCCGACGAAUGCGCCAUCCUUGCCCCGUCCCUCUGCCGCGUCAUCAACGCCGACGCCUACAGUCUCCUUCUCGCCAUCUGGGCCUCGCUGCAGCUCACCUGGGUUAGCAUGCUCCUCUUUGUCCAGUUCAUCCAGAUCAGCCGCGCCAUGACAACCUACGAAAAUAUGUUUGGCGUCAACCUCCGCGCCGCCGCGUCCCUCGCGAGCGCCUUUACCUCCACCGGCGCCCCGCUCGACCCGUCCACGGCCGCGCCGCCCGGCGGGUCCGACGUCGGCCCGCAUGCCCCGCCCGGGCAUCACCACCACCACGGCGGUGGCUUCCUGAAGACGUGGGGCCGGCUGUUGGGCGUCGACACGUUUAUUGAGACGGCACGCGGCAGGGGCGCCGCGGCUGGGGGGAGGCGGAGGGAGGCCGGGAGCAGGAAUCCGUUUAGUAGGGGGUGUAUGGCGAAUUGUAGGGACUUUUGGUGCGAUCCGGCGCCGGUGUUUGGGAAACGGGAGACUGGGGCCGCGGUGUUGGGCGGCGUGCCGGUGAAUUAUACUGAGAUGUACGAGAGUCCGGCGGUUAUGGAUGUGUUGAGGGUAGGAGGAGGAGGGAGGAGGGGGGCGUAUGAGGCUGUAGCCGGGGAGGAGGUUUAGGCGGAUGGGUGAAGAUACUGAUGAGCUCAUGAUGGUUGUGGCAUGAUGCGUUAUGUACGAGGUGCCGUGUUUAAAUGGCUGGUUGCGUCGUUGCUGCUGAAGAAGGCCUGGAGUCUGGAAAUUCUGCGUAUAGAAGUGGGAUUGUUUGCGGACUGCGGUAUGAUUUCGGGCCAUGAGCAAAGGUCUGGUGUUAUCGGACGUUUGGACGGAGAUAAUGGGCUAUCCCAUUUUUGAUCCCAAAUAAAUAAUCCUAACACCUCAUCGCCCUGUCGCC